AUGAGCUAAUUAGCAUCUAAUUUCAAUCCACCUUUUUUGAUGAAAUUGUAAAUUAAAAUUGUAAAAUAGCAUUUUGAAAUUCAAUUAAUAAAAUUUAGUUUCACUUACUUAUAGUUUAUUGUGUUUAUUUCACCUAUUUAGAUUUCUAUGUUUAUCAAAAUAAUAGAAUUUUACAACCAUUUAUUUUUAUUUAUUCAAAACAACCUGUAAUCAUUAAAGUUAUGCUCAAUAUAGUUUCUAAUUUCAAUAAUUCUAUUGCAUAUUUGGCUAUUCUUACCAUUCUCACUUUUAAAUCUGGUCAAGCAGAGAAUUUUCUAAGAAUCUUUCAAGCAUUCUAUUAAUAUUUAUUGCUCUCAAAAAUUAUUUUAUUUAUUCACAUCUUUAUGUUUUAGUUAUUAGAAUAUUUAUUUUAUUACGUUUUAAUCAGCUUAACAAUAUCUACUACAUUAUUUAAUUCUGCAAUAAUCUUUUAUGAUUACAAUGACACCCCGCCUCAUUUAUUUUUUAUUCUAUUCAGUUUUUUACAAUUGUGUGUUUUAAUAAGAUAAAUGA